CUUUUUUUAACACAUUAUUUUAUAAUUUUUCUACAUAACAGCAUGGCUUAAAUAAAACGAUGUUUAUUCUUAUAUUUACAGAUAUCCAACUCUUGCCUGUGUGAUCUGGUGCUCUGCUGGUUUGUCAGCUGUCACAAGCGAUAUUUGCACUAUAUCUGUGAUUCUCUGAUCUACAACAUUUAUACAUAUAGUUAUUUAAUUUAUAAAGACACACAUAACCUAUUGAUAAUUGUCACACAUUUACAGAUUACACACACACACAGAACUACAUACACUCACGCGCACACUCACACACAGUUUUUUUUAAAUAAAAGUUGCCCAUCUCACUGCCAAGAUGCCCCGUGCGAAGUCCCACCGUCGUGCUCAAGCAGCCAAGCGGAGGAUUGCGGAGCGGCAGUCUUGGACCCCUGGGCCACCCAUCCCCGAGUUUGUUGCUCGGCGCGGUACUGGUUACCGCCAUCGUGUGCGGAGAUGGCGAACUUCCGAGCUGACCCACCGUCCCAUCAAGUUCGUCACUCCAGCACAGCGUCCGGAGCAGCAGCAGAUGGUGUUCGUCGUUGGAGACUCUCACCUGCGGGCCAUCGUGGACGGAUUUGUAAGUAUGCCACAGGGAUCUUUGUCUUUUUCUUUUCUCUCUGUUCCAGGUGGAGCGGCAGCUGACCUGAGGACAGAGGUGAUGCAUGCUUCCCUCCCGUGGACCCCGGACGCGGUCUGUGUGUGUGCCCCGAGCAACAACCUCACUGCCAGCAGGACCAUUGGUGAGGCAGCGUUGGACUUUGGUGCUCUCCUGACCACUGUCUGCAACCUCUGGCCCAAGGUGUUUGUGCUGGACUUCCCUCCACGCAUCAACACUGAUCCGGGCCUGCAGGACCUGCUGCGUCAGGAGUACCACCGUGUCACAGCACGCAUGGGUCUCCCAUAUGUGUCUGUGGCAGAGCACCUCCCCCUGCAUCGGUUGGAGCUGUGGUGCCACGACGGUGUGCACCUCAGCGACACCGAUGGCAUGCCGGUCAUGGUGGAGGUGCUGUGGGAUGCUGCGGUCCGCCAGCUGGUACCCCCUCCACCUGAGCCUCGGGUGUCUCCUCGGACGUCACCGCGUACCAGGGUUUCCCCCAGGCUGGUUGUGACGGGACAUGUUCCCGUGCCUCGUCACAGCGACCCCUGGGAGUGGACAGUUGUUGGACGGGAGUGCAAGGCUGGAACACCUACGGUGCGACAGUCUGUCAUCCCGUCCAACCCUGUGUGGUUCAGCGGUGCCAUGUUGGAUGCCAUGGAGAAGGUUUCGCCUUCUUCUGCCUCUGACUGCACUGCUGCUCCAGCAGCUGGCCAGGCUUCCCCUGUGAAGCGUCAGACGAGAGGUGUUGCCAGGAGGAGCAGAGGAGGAAAGCGGCAGGUGCUGCCAACACCUUCACCUGCACGUGUGAUCGAGUCUGCCUCCAGGCCCAGCCCAGCAGUGCAGCAGGUGGAGGCCGUGUCCCAGGAGUUCCUGGAGGGGUCUGCGGUGCCAUUGUGUGCUGGUGUGGUGCCAGAGGUGGUGUUGGGGGAGGAGGAGGUUGCUGCAGCUUGCCCUGCCAUGCCGAUGGAGUCCACCGUCGAGGAGGGAGCACGAAUGCCACAGAAGAUCAGCAAAGCUAAGUCUAGUUUUUCUCCUUGUUUUUCUGUUUCAGAUGAUAAAGCAGCUCAGUUAUGUUCCAACAGCAAUGUUGUGGCAAUGGUGGCUAAGAAUAGCAGAGGAAUUAAGCUAGUAAAGGUUGUAAGGGGGUCAUUUCACCAAGGAGAUGAGCAGUUUAAAUAUGGAGGAUUGCAGUGUAUGGCAAUAGCUUUUGUCAGCUUAGCCAAACACACGGUGAGCAGUGUGUUUUCGUGGAAGAGGCAUGAUCUGGAUCGCGCAUUGGUUGUAGGUGAUGAGUUGUACAGCAGUUUGCGUGACCAUGGCAUCUUUAUGCAUCAGUCGGGUCUUUUGUCUGUUCCAGAUUUGCCACAGCAGUUAGUGAUUGAUGGACAGGUGCGUAACUUUACUUUUGGCGAUGUGGUAUUUGGUGAAGUAGGUGUGACUGAUGGUGAACUAGUUGACUUUGGUGUGUUUGUCAGUCUACGCAAUGGACUGGAGAGGAUCUUCAGUCAGUACAGCGCAUGUCUUCUGACACUGUGUGGUAACACUUCUGCCAUCAUCUGUGAGAAUGGACAUUUCGCUGUGGUCGACAGUCACUCACGCAGUAACUUUGGCUUGUUACACUGCAACGGUACAAGUGUGGUUUUGCAUUUUGCAUGUCUCGAUGAAUUGCACCACUACAUCUGUUGUUUCGCAGACAGUGUCAGCUCAAGUCAGAAGCUGUACGAACUGUGUGGUGUUAGUGUUAGUGGUGGUGUAAGUCCAGUACCGUCUGGUAUUUCUGUGGAGAGUUGUAUCAUUGAUAUGAGUACAGUGCCAACACCAGAGCCUAGCGUAGCUGCGAGUGUAUCAGUGUCUGUCCAGACUUUAGCCAUUGAGGUUAGCAGCGGUUCAGAGGAAGAACCAACAAGUACUUAUGGCAGAAAACGCAAGAUUUCUUCUCACACCUGCAUGUCGAAGAAAUCAAAGAGGCUUAAUGUUAGUCAAAUUAACUCAGAUGUAGAAUUUAUUAGUGCUGUGAGGAAUGAAGAGCUGGUCUUCUGUCCUCUUAGUGUAGAUGUUUGUCAGGUUUUGUGUACAAAAUUAAAUGUUGACUUUGUGAAGGUCACUGGUCCUGUGUCCAAAGAAGUUGGGUUGACAGGUGUCCCAUGUAGGAAUGAGAAGAUCGUGGCUGAUGGUAACUGCUUCUUCAGAGCCAUCUCUCAGGCUGUGAGUGGUUCACAGAAGCACCAUCGUAAGAUUAGACUGGCAGUAUGUAAAGAGCUGGAGAGGAAUGCAGGUAAAUACCAGAGUAUUUUGAGGAGUGACUAUUCCUCUGUGUUAGAGUACAUUCAUCAGUCCAGGAUGAGAACCGUUAACACUUGGGCCACAGAGGUGGAAAUACAGGUUACUGCAGAUUGGUUAGGAGUUAGUGUGUGUACAUUUUAUGGUGGACGUUGGCUGAAGUACACCAGUGACAAUGACCUUUUGUCUGCAGAGUGCAUUUAUUUAGAGAACAUCAUGGACAAGCAUUUUGAGAAUGUUGUUUGUGUUUGUAAGCCUGGACUACACACUUGUUACGGUUACUGUAAAGUUAAUGAAGUGACAGGUUACAGCAUUAGGUCUAGAAUGAAGGAUAUUGUAGACGGUGACAAGGCAGCAGUAGCAUGUAAAUUAGAAUGUGUAGUUUCUGAUAAAGGUGUUGAUAGUGCUGAUGUUGUGAAGGAUGCUACUGACGUAAAAUCAAGUAGUAAGUCAUUGAGGUCAAAGUAUAUGAGCCAUAAGAAAACGACACAGGAGAAAUUGAACAUGUUGAUAAGGGAGAAACGUCAGUUAAGGAUUAGAAAGAUGUAUCAUGAAAAUGUGCUGUUUAGGGAAAGGGCAAAAUUAUGGAGUGUAGCAAACUAUCAUAAAAAUAUACCACAUAGAGAGAGUGUUAAAGCCAAGAGUAAAUUAAACAGUAUUGUGAAAUAUAAAGACAACUUCCAGCAUAGAGAGAAUGUUAAAGGCAAGAGUAUGUUGAAAUAUAGAGACAACUUCCAGCAUAGAGAGACUGUUAAAGCUAAGAGUAAAGUACAUAGUAUGGUGAACUAUAGAGACAGCAUCAAGCAUAGACAGAAGGUUAAAGAAAGGAGUAGAGAACUGAGGAAAAGAAAGUAUCAUGAUAGUUCUGAGUUUAAGCAGCAAGUUAUUGCCAGUGUUGUGUUUAGUAGGAAGCAGAAGACAGAGAAGUCAGAAGAUUUUGGUUUUGUUAUGCAUCAGUUUUUAGAGAAAGUCAGAGAUGGGCCACAUUUUGUGUGUUGUGUUUGUCAUCGGUUGAUGUUUAGAUCUCAAUUGCUGAGUUGUGAUAGGGAAGUGUAUACUAGAAGUUCAGCAACAGCUGGCAUUGCAGAAACAUGCAUUAGUGAGAAGUUUUUGCAUAGGUGUUCUGAUGACUGUGUUGUGCCUUGUCAGUUGGUUUCAUCUAGAGGGCAGCUUUGGAUUUGUUAUACCUGUCACAAUAAGAUAAGUAAAGGUCAGAUACCAGCUGAAUGUUGGGUUAAUACUUUGAUGCUUGAUCCCAUUCCACCUGAACUGGCAUGUUUGAAUAGUUUAGAACAACACCUGAUAGCUCUGCACAUUCCGUUUAUGAAAAUGUUGGCAUUGCCUAAAGGAGGACAGAAUGGAGUACAUGGUCCGAUUACAUGUGUUCCAGCCAACGUAGUGCAGACGACUAAUGUGUUGCCACGUUGUAGCAUGGAAGGGUCUUUGCUACAGGUGAAAUUAAAGCGUAAAUUGACGUUUAAAGGACAUUACGAGUAUCAGUUUGUGGAUACUUCACGUGUAAGACAGGCGCUAGAGUAUUUAAAGAGGACUAAUAUGUAUUACAAUGACAUUGAGUUUAAUGAAGAGUGGGUGAAUGAGUUUUGUAUGCAAAAAGAUGGGGAGAAUGAGGAGGAGCAGCCAGCCAGUGAGGAUGAAGCUGUCGUAGAAAAGGUAGAGGCCUGUCAGGAUGAUCAGGUUGUUAGUCAUUGUCAGGUGACAACUCAGGCAGGUGGUGAGGUCACAGAACAGGCUGUAGUUGAUGGUGUAGAAGAAACAUCAGAGAUAAUACAAGAUGAAUUGUUACAUGACAGACAGCAGCACUGCAUGUUUCAGGACACUUGUCUUAUGCCUAUAGAUAUUGGUCAGGAAGCAUUAGACCAGUAUUUUGAUGAUAUUGUAAACAUUGCGCCUGCAGAGGGGAAUAGUCCAGUUAGGGUGCUUUCUGACCACACGAAUGAGGCUAAAUGUUUCCCUGUGUUGUUUCCUCUUGGUAGUAAGACUUUCCAUGACAGCCGCUCAUAUCGCCUAACGUUGUCUCGUUACUUUAAUAACAGGAUUAUGCAUGCGGACGGUCGUUUUGCACGUAAUGUAGAAUACAUUUUCUUUGCCCAAUACAUGUCAGAGAUAGAUCGUGUGUCAUCGAGUGUUUCUGUUGCGUUGCGCAAGGGUAAAGGUGGACAGAAGUCGCAAAGGAUUAGUCCAGAAAUGUUGAUGGACGAGGAGUCUUUGAAGCAGUUGUUAAAGUGCGAUGAGGGUUAUAGGUUUCUUAAGCCAAUUAGAGGAACUCCAGCUUUUUGGCAGUCAGUUCAGAAAGACAUCUUAGCCUGCAUACGUCAGUUGGGGAUCCUGACAUGGUUUUGCUCGUUUUCCUCUGCGGAUCUGCGCUGGCAGAAUCUUUUGACCACUAUUCUAAAACAGGAAGGCAGGACACAGACUGUAGAGGAUUUGGAGUGGGCAGACAGGUGUGAGUUGUUGCGUCGUAACCCGGUCACAGCUGCGAGGAUGUUUGACUACAGAUGGCAUUGUUUCUUGAACGAGGUUCUCAUGUCUCCUUCCCAACCAAUUGGCAAAAUCAUUGAUCACUUUUAUAGGGUAGAAUUUCAGCAGCGCGGUUCUCCUCAUGUACACUGUCUGUUUUGGAUUGAGGGUGCUCCCCAAAUUGAUAAAAACACAGAAGAGGAGGUCGUUGAGUUCAUAGAUAAAUAUGUUACAUGCGAGUUACCCUCAGAUGAUGAUACAUUAUUGGACAUUGUGUCAUCAGUUCAAACACACUCGAAACGACAUUCUAAAUCAUGCAGGAAAAAGAAAACAACAUGUCGGUUUAAUUUCCCAAAACCUGUUUCAUCUAGGACGUUUGUUUGUAAAAUAGAGACAAAAGACUGCAAAUGUGAUCAUAAGGUGAAGGAGACCAUGAACGAUCCUGGUUCAAAGAACCAUCCUGUCUGUAAGUGUUUUGAUGAUGAUUUGAUGCCAAAAGAGAGGGCACAGUAUAUUUUGCAAAAUGUUAAGACAGCUGUUAAGAAAGCUCAGGAAGAAGAAGUGAGUUUUGUCAGUGUAGAGCAUUUGUUUCAGACUCUAGGCAUCAAUCAGGGCAUCUUUGAAGAGGCUUAUAGAAGAUUGGAAAGAAAGAGCACGGUGGUUUAUAGGAGAGGGGUGAACGAAGUUUGGGUAAACCAGUAUAGUAAGCAGUUGUUGAAGUGCUGGAAUGCAAAUUUGGACAUUAGCUUUGUCACCGACGCCUAUGCAGUCGUCAUCUAUAUCAUAUCUUAUAUUACGAAAGCAGAGAGAGAAAUUGGCCUAUUAUUGAGUAACGCCCAAAAAGAAGCAGCAAAACAAGGAAAUCUCUCUGCUAAAGAAGCAUUAAAAAAGCUAGGCAGUGUAUAUUUACACAACAGGGACGUCUGUGCUCAGGAGGCGGUGUAUAGGCUAACCAACAUGCAUCUGAAGGAGUGUUCCAGAAAGGUUGUGUUUGUGCCAACUGGGAACAACAUAGUGAAGAUGAGUUUACCCCUCAGUGUUUUGAAACAGAGAACAGAUUGUACUGAGCUUAAGACAGAGGACAUGUGGAUGCCUGGCAUAGUGGACAGGUAUAGGAACAGGCCUGACUGAUGUCUUUGAU